AUGAAGAUUACGUUCAAGACCGUCCAGAACAAGUUGUUCACGAUUGACGCUGAGGACUCCGAGACUGUCGGCGCCAUCAAGCAGAAGAUCCAGGAGUCCCAGACCUUCCCUGCCGAGCUCCAGAAGCUCAUCUACUCUGGCAAGAUCCUCAAGGAUGAGUCGACCGUUGGCGAGCUCAAGAUUAAGGAGAAGGACUUCCUUGUUGUGAUGGUCUCCAAGCCCAAGGCUGCUCCUGCUGCUGCUGCCCCUGCGCCCGCUGCCCCGGCCCCCGUCGUCGAGGCUCCUGUCGCCGCCGAGGCCGCUCCUGCUCCUGUCGCUACCCCGGCUGCCCCUGCCGCCGAGGCCGCCUCCGACGCGCCUGCCGAGGCCGGCGAGUCGCCCCUUGGCUCGUCGUUCCUCACCGGUGCUUCGCUCAACUCUGCGAUCGACAACCUCUGCGAGAUGGGCUUCCCCCGCGAGCAGGUUGUUCGCGCCCUGCGUGCCAGCUUCAACAACCCCGACCGUGCCGCCGAGUACCUCAUGAGCGGCAACAUCCCCGAGACUGAGCCCAUGGGCGGUGCUGGUGGUGCCCCCGCCGGCGGUGCUCCUGCCACUACUGCUGCCGCACCCGCUGCCGCUGUCCCCGCCCCCUCUGUCCCUGUUGCUGCUGCUCCCGCGCCCUCGGGCGGUGCCGGUGCCGACAACCUCUUUGCUGCGGCCGAGGCUGCUAUGCAGCGCGACCGCGGUGUUCCCGCCGGUGCCGCCGGCGGUGCUGGUGCCGGUGGUGGUCUUGGAGCCAUUGCCAACUCGCCCCAGAUCGCCCGUAUCCGCCAGGCCGUCCAGGAGAACCCCGCCCUCAUCCAGCCGCUCCUGCAGCAGAUUGCUGCGUCAAAUCCCCAGCUGGCCCAGCUGAUCAACCAGGACCCCCAGACCCUGUACGACCUUCUCGGCGUGAGCGAGGAGGAGCUGGGUGGCGAGGGCGAGGGCGAGGACUACUUGCCCCCCAACGUCAUGCAGGUCAACCUGACCCAGGAGGAAGCCGCUGCUGUCGAGCGUCUCGAGCAGCUCGGCUUUGACCGCCAGAUGGUGCUCCAAGCCUUCUUGCUGUGCGACAAGAACGAGGAGCUUGCCGCCAACUUCCUGUUUGAGAGCGCCGAGGAGGACGAGCAGAUGCAGUAG